UUCUAAAGAAUUUCAUGAACUUCGCCCAUGGCUUGAACAAACACUUCGAAUAAAUUUGAAAACUGUGUGUCCGGCUCAGCCCAAUAUUAUUGAACUGGCUAGCCCUAAUGUCAAUCAUGAAUUUUAUGACGCAAUAAAACCUCAAGGAAUUAUGAUUUCAUUUGCCGAGCAAGACAGGUUGUCGCAUGGGCAUGGUAUUAGUACUGCUGAAAUUUAUAAGCUUAGACACGGGAAUUUGGCUCGAAUACCCGACGCGGUAGUUUGGCCAGAAAGCCACGAACAAGUAGAAACCAUUGUCCGAGCCGCUCUUAAAUUUAAUGUUGGUUGUAUCCCGUAUGGUGGUGGUUCAAAUGACGUUGAUGCUUUGGAGUGCCCUGAAGAAAAUGAAAAGAGAAUGAUAGUCUCUUUAGACAUGAGGCAAAUGAAUAGGAUUUUAUCAUUGAGUCGAGAAAAUAUGUAUAUUGUAGUUGAAGCCGGCGCUAUUGCCCAAGACCUCGAGAAAGAAUUGCGGAAAUGGGGUUUUACUUUAGGAUGGGACGCAGAAAUGUUAGAAUUUUGUACUGUUGGUGGUAUUGCUUCCCUACGUUCAAAUGAUAUCAAAAGAAAUAUGAACGGUGACCUUGAACAUAGCAUUAUAAAUUUCAAGAUGGUCACCCCUGCAGGCACAAUACAAAGAAGUGGUAUGCAUACAUCCCCAAUUUCUUCGGGUCCUAACUUUCAAUUACUAUUCGGUACAGAAGGUACACUGGGCGUCAUCACCGAAUUGGCACUUAAAAUUCAUUUUUUUGCUCCUCAACAUUAUUAUGUUUCUGUCUAUUUUCCAUCAUUUCAAAAUGGACUGUUAUUUCUUCGCGAGAUUGCGCAAAAGAAUAUUAUAAAGUUUAGCGGUGCACGUUUGGUGGAUGAACCUGGAUUACAGCUUGUGAAUGCAUUUAAUACUGCGACACCAACUAUCAAAUCAAUUUUCUCAGAAGUAAUCAAAAAAUAUUACCUGAAAAAAAUAAAGAAAUUGGAAGCUGGUAAAAUGUGCUUGGCCGCUAUACUUAUUGAUGGUCAUGAUAUUGUAAAAUUAAAAGGAUGUGAAAAAAAAAUCGAUGAAAUUGGAAAACAAUAUGGUGGCGUAAUUGCUGGGAGUGAUUUAGGUGAGAGGAUGUUUUUUGUAUCAAAG